AUGCUGGGGGCCAUGUUUAGGGCUGGCACCCCUAUUCCCCCAAACCUCAAUACACAAGGAGGUGGCCACUAUUUCAUCGACAGAGAUGGCAAGGCCUUCCGCCAUAUCCUCAAUUUCCUGAGGUUGGGGCGACUGGACCUGCCCCGUGGCUAUGGGGAGACGGCACUUCUCAAAGCAGAGGCUGACUUCUACCAGAUCCAGCCCCUCCUGGAUGCCCUUCGGGAGCUGGAAACUUCUCGGGGAGAGUCUACCCCCACAGCUGCCCUGCUCCACGCAGAUGUGGACACCAACCCGCGCCUGGUGCACUUCUCUGCUCGCCGGGGCCCCCACCACUACGAGCUGAGCUCCGUGCAGGUGGACACCUUCCACGCCAACCUCUUCUGUACAGACCCCAAGUGUCUGGGCGCCAUGCAGGCCCGCUUUGGGGUGACUAACGGGGACAGAGCAGAGGGGGGCCCACACUUCCGGUUGGAGUGGGCACCCCGCCCCGUGGAACUCCCUGAGGUGGAGUAUGGGAGGCUGGGGCUUCGGCCACUGUGGGCUGGAGGACCAGGAGAGCAGCGGGAGGUAGUGGGCGCGGCGGGCUUCUUGGAGGAGGUCCUGCGGGUGGCCCUAGAACACGGCUUCCGCCUGGACUCCGUCUUCCCAGACCCUGAGGACCUGCUUAACUCCCGAUCCUUGCGAUUUGUCCGCCACUGA